UGAAUUCUGUUCCUGAACACUAACACCAUGUAUCUUCAAAUUUACUAUAUAGUGUCGUUUUAAAACUAGGUUGGUCUGUAGUAGAAUUCGAAUGAAUAAGAUGUUAGCAACAAUGAAAGCUUUCGUGUAUGCUGUAACGUUGAGUUUUAGCGUUGUGAACGCUGGAUGGUUGGCUGAUACAAAAGAACAAAAACCGUUCUAUUCUUUAGCAGAUGAAUAUCAAAAUUUUGAUGAUGAGUAUAUACCCAAGGUUCAUACAUUGUAUUCGGGAGUUAGUACUUUUGGGCACUUACCUUAUACAGAAUGCUUAAAGAGUCGAGGAAUUGAUUACGACAUUGCAUUUGUAGGUGCACCUUUCGACAUGGGAACCUCCUAUCGACCAGGGGCUCGCUUUGGCCCUAGCGGCAUCCGUGAAGGAUCCCGUCGUCUCGCUCCAUCAUUGUACCACGUUCCACUAGAUGUGUAUCCCUUUCAAUCGUGGGCCAAAGUUGUUGACUGUGGAGAUAUUCCCAUGACGAACUAUCAUAUACCGAAUGCCAUGCAGGAAUUGGAAGAAGGUUAUUAUCACUUGCUUGCUAGAAAACCGGCUUCCUUUACAAAUGAUGAAGGCUAUGCCCGGAACGAGACAGUCUUGCCACGCCUUUUAACCAUGGGUGGAGACCACACCAUCGUACUUCCCAUCCUUCGGGCGUUGAGUCGUGCUUAUGAUAAGCCCAUUUCUGUCAUCCACUUUGACAGCCAUCUGGAUACUUGGAAACCUGGUAUUUUGGGAGAUGGUAUCGAUAACAAUGGUCUCAACCACGGCACGUACUUUUACUGGGCUAGUAAAGAAGGUGUGAUGAGCAAGGAUGCAAACAUUCAUGCUGGGAUCCGUUGUCCCCUUUCCGGUUUACAAGACUAUGAGGAUGAUGUGAGCUGUGGAUUCGAGGUUAUUGAGGCUCGCGAAAUCGAUAAGAUUGGCGUGGAGGGUGUUAUAAAGAAAAUCCGCGAUCGCGUACAAGAUAAUUUGGUGUAUUUGUCAAUUGAUAUUGAUACUCUAGAUCCUGCUUAUGCCCCUGCCACGGGAACGCCAGAAAUCGCUGGAUGGUCCACCCGUGAAUUUGUAGACAUCAUUCGUGGAUUGGAUGGAUUGAAGUUUGUCGGUGCUGAUAUUGUGGAAGUGUCUCCUGCUUACGAUGUUGCUGACUUGACCACUAUGGCUGCCGCAAACAUUUUUUUGGACAUCGUUAGCAUGCUUGUGAGAACUCCUCUUAUUGCAUCCAAAAAGACCCUUUUCUAAAACGAAAAGUGAUUGAACAGACCGUUUUAUUUUACGUAGUUAUGCAUUUUUCCUUACCAAAAAAAAUGUGGUUAUUCAAUAUCAUUUACAAGAUGGAUGAUUGCCAUUAUGCAUAUCCAAAACGAUAAUAAAAAUGGUUUCAUUUGCCUAUAUAGAAAUUAUUUCCGGAUAAGCUUCUAUAAUUGUAAUAAAUAUAAUGGACAAGACAAAAAUUAAAACGGCUUUUUUCGGAAGAACAACUACAAGGUCUCUGAGCGUUUGAGCUUGGUAAGCUUGGAAUUCACUUUUACAUAGUCAGGUAGCUUUGCAGUCCUCCAAAGAUACCAAGCAGCGAUUGAUCGGUAUGGAGCACAAACUUCACUUUGCUCCAAAACAUAUUUUUUGGUAGGUACACUUCUCAAAUCAUGUAAGUAUCUAUAUCCAUUCCGGAUAAUCAAGUCGUCUGCUGGCAUGAUGUCUGGUCGAUUGAGGGAAAAAAUUAGCAACAUCUCCACCGUCCAUCGACCGAUUCCUUUUAUUUUUGUCAAUCUUUCGAUCAGAUCUUCAUCUGUCAAUGUUUCUGCUUCUUUCCUAGACGGUACGGUUCCAGUAAGAGAUGCUUCUGCAAUGCUACGUAUGGUUUCUGCCUUUCUAGCGGAAAAUCCACACGACCGUAAAGUCUCCGCAUCCAUUUCUACUAUCUUUUUAGGAGAAGGAAAAUGGCCAUCGACUCCUAGCUUUUUGAAUCGUUCAAAUAUAGUGUCAGCUGCCUUCUUGUGCAAUUGUUGGCCCGCAACGGCUUGAAUCAAUUCUUCAUAUGGCUCCUUGGAUGGGUGUUUUACCACUGGCCGAUAAUCGCCUACCAAUUGAACUAAUCGCUCCCAACGUUUGUCAAUUUUGGAUAGAAAUGUUUCUGCUUCUGUGCUAGAUAAAACAACUUUCUUUUUUGCUUCCUCAACUACGUUGACCGUCAUUUAAUUUUUAACCCUUUACCAAAAAGCAGUUGGAAUUAGCAAGUAUAUAAAUAACUAGCUUGCACGUUUAAUGUUGGUAAAUGAGAUGGAAACCUUGGAGUGGCAAAAAUUCCUUCCUACGUGUCCUUUUUUUGUAUGCUUAUAUUUGAUGAACAAGUUUUAAAAUUCAGUGUACUGGUAUGAAAAUGCUACUAUAUGUUAUGUAGAGCGCAGAUAGCUAUUUAAGGACAAUAGGAAAGACCCGUAUUUGAAAAGAAGGCUUUUUCUUUAGUUACUACUAAAAAGUUGAAGGUAUUCAUUUCGUAAAUUGAAAAAUAAAAAGUGAUUCCUCCUA